AUGGUAUACGAAAAGUGUUGUAUUGGUGGUUGCAAUACAACACGUGAAACGCACCGGCUUUUUAGAUUCCAUAGGAACGAUAAUUUGUGGAUGUCUUUCAUAGUGCCGACAAAUCCCCAGCUCAUUGUACUUUCCAAAGAACAGUUACUUAACAAACGUUUCUGUGAAAAACAUUUUGAUAUAUUUCAGUUCGACAAUGAAGGCAGAAGACUUCGAUACUCUUACCCGUCCUUGCUUACUGACAAUGAAAUAGCUCAUGGUGUGCCUUCUGACUGCAACAGGAAUAGAAAUCUAAUGCUGAUGUGGUGA